AUGGGUUCGGCUGCAUCCAAACCAGUCAAGUCUGCUGCUGGUGCAGCUACACGUCGACAAUAUCCCAAACAGGCCGCUGUCCCGCCAAGGGUACCCCCUCAGCUUCGAAAGCAUCGCAAACGCCACAUCCUGCUCCUCCUACCAAUUGACCUCGACGGCCGAGAUCCCGACUUCGCCGCCUCCCUCCGCCACAUCGGCCCUGUCAACCCCUUCCCAACCUUAUCCAACUCCAGCACCGUCAACCACGGCUCCAUGCAGACCGUCUUCCCAUCAGCCUCGAACCCAGCAUUACUCACCGUGAAAGCCCGCACGAGAAUCAGUCAAGCCGCACAGAAAGAGCUCGAGGACGUCGGUCACGGUGCUGGGAGGCAAUUCCUGGACGCAUUUACUAUCUCGCAGGCGCUGGCUAUGCGUGAUCAGCAGAAGAUGCCGAGCCGGGAGAUUGAGAGGUUGUUAAGGAUGAAGGAGGGGGUUAUGGAUCGGUUGGGGAAGGAUGGGAUUGUUUCGAGGGUUUCUGUUUGA